AAAGUAAAAGGUUUGAUUUUUUUAUUUUUUUUUUGUGAGUAAUUGUUUAAUUUUUGUAGGUUUUGUUGGUUUAUUACUUGGGUUUCGAAUGGUUGUGGUGUAGCUGUGGCCGGAUUUGAAAAGGGAAGAAGUGAUGAUGGAUGUGGUGGUUAUGGGAGGUGGUCGUUGCGGCAUAUUGUGGUGGUGGUGUUUUAAUAAAGGGAAAUCAAAAGGACAGUGGAAAAGACAAUAAUGCCCUCAUGUUGGUCCCAUUUAAUCAGACUUAACUGUAAAAAUAAACUGAGUUUGAGGUGGAUUUUGAAGACUGAUUACUUAUCCGCAAGUAACCAGGCAGGGAAAUUUCUACCGGAGGAGACUUAUGAAUGGCACAAAAUGGCCUAAGCGAAGACGGUCAAAUUAACUUAGAAGCACCAAGAAAAUGGCGGCUUUUGAAAGAAAAAACCGGUCACGGUGCAUUUCACGGAAUGAAAAUAGUCAUAUACGGGGAAUGCAUUGCCCCAUCUUUGGACACUCUUAAACGUGCGGUGAAGGCUGGAGACGGGACCAUAUUGGCGACAUCGCCGCCAUACACUCGCUUCUUAAACACAGGUAUUGACUUUGCGGUCGUUAGCCCUGGGAUGCCACCUGUCGACGUGUGGGUGCAGGAAUUUUUGAAACACGAGAUACCAUGUGUGACGGCUGAUUACCUUGUGGAAUAUGUGUGUAAGCCUGGAUACCCCCUUGAAAGACAUGUUCAGUAUGCUACAAAUGUUUGGGCGGAGAAAUCGUAUAACGGUUUGAAGAACCGGUUAGAAGAAGAGAUUUCUGAUCCUAGAACUCCUGAAAGCACUGAUGUGGCAUGUGAGGUGUGCGGGGCACGUGACAGAGGUGACGAAAUGUUGAUAUGUGGGGAUGAAGGUGGUUCGAUUGGGUGUGGUGUCGGCACGCAUAUUGAUUGUUGUGAUCCGCCACUUGCGGAUGUUCCGGAAGAGGAUUGGUUUUGUUCAAAGUGUAGGAAGAAGCCCAAGAACAGCAAGGGUAAAAAAGGUAGCAAAAAAUAAGGUUCUGCACCUAGAGGCAAGUAACACUAGUCAUUUUAUCAUGGUGUGAAUUGGUACAUAUUUAGUAAACUAAUUAUGCUUGUUAGCUGCCAAAUUAAUUAUGAAUUUUUGCA